UGACGAACCCGGAAGUGACUUUCAACAGACGGAUAUUUUGCUUAUAUUGUUGCUAGCGGUAUUUGAUUAAUGUUACCUGGUUAUGUAGAAUCGGUGAAAGGAACUCUUUAAAGGUUAAUGCGUUAUGUAGUACUUUUGUGUGUGUGUGAUUCAUAUCAUAUUACAGUGAUGGCAGAGGGGAGCAACAGACAGGAUGUUGUUUCUGAGUACCUUCAGCAAAACCCUCACCUAGCACACUGGGUGGAAUCCUUAAGAGAACUCUCCGAGACAAAUAAGCACUGGCAUGCAAGGCGAGAGUUUGUUCUGCGCAAUAUGGAGGUCUUUCCUACCAUCCAACCAGGGAUCCCAAGUUCCAGUCUGGACAGGCUUCUUUCUCUGUCCAAGGUUUGGGCCAACCAGACGUUCUUGGGCUGUAGCUAUCCCCAACCUGUGAUGGACAAGGUGAAAGAGAUGGCAGAAGGGAUUGGUGUGAACAAAAGUCCUGUGCAAAUGACAAAAGAUGAGUUCGUAGGAAAAGGAAAGAGGCCAUCUGUUUCAGCCGUGGAUGCUGAGAGCUGUGUUAAGAAACACAAAACCGUUCCUAACGACUCUGACAGUAAAGCCGGAGAACAAAAUACUGACUGUCCGAACGCUGCUGCUGUCAAAUCAGGUCCCCUACCCGAGGCCCCUGCAGAACAUCAGCCCUUCUUUAACCGGCUUUAUAAAACAGUGGCAUGGAAACUGGUGUCUGCAGGAGGCUUUGGACCCAACCUGGAUCACUUUGAGAUCCUGCGCACCUGUGUGGAGUCAUGCAAGGCCAGCCUUACUUGUGUAUUCGUGCCUCUCAAAGACAUUCCUGACCUGCCUGCCGGCUGCACCCAAAGAGAGGGCCAGGUGUGUGAACUGCGCUGCCAUGCUGUCUACGUAGGCACAGGAUACGGCCGUGACGAAUGUGCAGCGAGGGCCAUGGCCUCAAAGGAGGCCCUUAAAACAUUUCAGGGCCGGAAGGUGAUGGUGAAGAUCUGUCGUCGCAGGUUUCAGGGUCGAGAUGUAGAGGAUUUGGUCCUGUUGGACGAACAGCCGAGAAGCUCGAUUUUGCCUCCCGCUCUUAGCUAUCCUUUUUAAGUCUAAUUAGUACAUUUCUGUCUCUUUGUGCAUUACAACUGCUAAUUUUGUUCGGUAAAGACAUUUCCGGUGCGGUUAUGAGUUCAUGUUGAUGAUGGAAGGUUCAGGGCUGUAGUGAUCGCGUUUUAUACGCUGAAAUGUUUGAUGUGCAUUUAACACCGAUCAGAAACUGGCAACAGUUCAUUUUGGAUAAGACUGUUCAGAGUGCAAACUUAAGUGUGUAGGUUUGUUUAGAGUCUAUUGGUUGUCAUUUCGAACUUUACGCUAACUUGACUUUGGUCUGUAUAUAAGCUAAUGCUGAAUUAAUAAGCAAACUACACUUGACAUCUUUACGUUCUAAAAUCUCUCGCAUUUCAUUCUGUUUUAAGAUAUUUCAAAUGGUUUCACUCAUUUCAUUUAUGAGGACAUGUACGUUUCAUCUCAAUCUUUGAUGUCCUUCUUAUAUGUUAAUGUAAAACGAGUUAGGAUUAUUUAAGUGUAUAUGCAUUUGAUGGAUUUAAGCCUGAAUCUGUUGUCAUGGUUCUUCUUCUUCUUCUUCUUAGAGCAGCUAGUACUAAACUUUGAAUUUGACCUUAAUCUCAUUACCUUAAUCCAGGUUUUGUAUUACUGAAACAUUGGCUAAAUAUUUUUGAAAGUACAUAAUUUUCCCUGUUUUGACAGCAGAUAAAACGGUCAAUAUUACAUGCUGAAAUCAAAGCCCUUGAGUUCUGUAUGUACUUAAUAAAAUAUCCCGUUUCACAAAAUGUGCUUUACUACAUUGGUUUAGUUUUUAUUAUAAUUCAAUUUUUAAAAAAUUAAAAAAUAACAAUCCUGGCAUUUAAUUAACGGAUUCACAUUUUUGGUCAUCAUACAGAACUAUCUAUAUUUUCAGCUGAAGAAAUUGAUGUUAAAAGUAAGCAUAUGUUGAACAAUCAAAAUGCUGUAUAUUAUUUAACACCCUGUAGUUGUUUGCUUAUAUAUCAAGCAUUCGAGUCAUUUUUAGUACGCAAUAGGUAAUAGGAAACACUAAGCAGUUAAAGUGAAUUGAGAAAUAUUUGCAACUUUUUAUUUUAUUAAAACGAUCUACAUUUAAUUGGAGAAGUCCUAGGUCUUUUAAUAAAAAGUUUUUCCAUCAAAAAGUCAUGGUAGGACUUGUUUAGUAUUUUUUCGUAGUUAAUAGGCAUUGUGUAUUGUUUUGUUUCAUCAGUGUCACAAAUUGUGAUGAAAUUAAUAAAACAGAAUAAACCCCAGGAUUUCAAGCACA